AUGUCGUACGAGACCAUCAGUUGCCGUAUGUCGCGCAGCGACCCAUCGAUCCGAUGGGGAUUCACCGUCCGAUCACAAGGCCAAGAUGUCGUCAUCGCUACGGUGGAAAGAGACUCCCUGGCAGACAAGGCUGGCCUGCAGAAUGGCGAUAUUGUCGAUCAGGUGAUUUUCCGCGUCUGUAAACUGGUGUAUUACGGAAAUUCUGAGAUUGAUGGUCGGGCCACGGAGUUGAACAUGAAUCUCAGAAGAUUCAUGUCCCAUCCGCCAGCCAUCCCCUGGAGUCUCCACGAAGGUCCCGACAACAAACUACACGUCCAGGGGUUUGGAACGGACAUUCCCGGCGUCAACCCGGCCGACAACUACAACGUGUCCAGCCGCAGCGAGUGGAGCAGCGGAAAUCCUCCACCCGGGUUCAACGGCCAGAUGAUGCCGAUGCUCCCGUUCCCGGCUUUCCCCACCGGGCCCAACACCCAACACUACCAACACUUUGAAUCGUCGAAGAGCGAGAGCAAAACGGCCACCGGGCCGGGCACCACCCCAGCCGACAACUACAACGUGAACAGCUCGACGUCGUGGUCCUCCGGCAAUCCGCCGCCCAACUUCAACCCGAACGCCCCGUUUGGGGGUGGCGUUUUUGGG